AUGUCAGGAAAAAAGAGAAGAAAUAUUGAGCCUACGGUGGAGGAUCUAUCUGCCGUUGAGUUCGAAAGUUCUGAGGAGGUGGAGGUGAUACCAACGUUCGAUGCCAUGGGAUUAAGAGAACCUCUCCUUCGUGGAGUCUACUCGUACGGUUUUGAGAAACCUUCAGCUAUUCAACAACGAGCCAUAAAGCCGAUUCUGAAAGGUCGCGAUGUCAUAGCACAGGCACAGUCUGGUACCGGAAAGACUGCGACAUUUUCUAUUUCUGUGUUGCAGUCGAUUGAUAUGGAUCUGAGGGAAUGUCAAGCUCUAAUUCUUUCACCAACACGUGAAUUGGCUGUUCAGAUACAGAAGGUUGUUUUGGCUUUGGGAGACUAUAUGAACGUGCAGUGUCAUGCAUGCAUUGGCGGCACAAACAUUGGAGAGGACAUCCGUAAACUCGAUUAUGGACAACAUGUUGUAUCUGGAACACCUGGUCGUGUGUUUGACAUGAUUCGCCGCCGUAAUCUGCGCACUCGUUCUAUAAAACUGCUUGUACUCGAUGAAGCCGAUGAAAUGCUUAACAAAGGUUUCAAGGAGCAGCUGUAUGACAUCUAUAGAUACCUUCCUCCCGGAGCUCAGGUCGUAUUAUUGUCUGCAACCCUCCCGCAUGAGAUUCUUGAAAUGACCAGCAAAUUUAUGACUGAUCCGAUCAGAAUUCUGGUGAAACGUGAUGAGUUGACGUUGGAAGGGAUUAAGCAGUUCUUCGUCGCUGUGGAUUGUGAAGAAUGGAAAUUUGACACACUUGUGGAUCUCUACGAUACACUUACCAUCACACAGGCUGUGUUGUUUUGCAAUACUCGUAGAAAAGUGGAUUGGUUGGCUGAAAAAAUGAAAGAAGCCAACUUUACGGUAUCGUCUAUGCAUGGUGAUAUGGAGCAAAAGGAACGUGAACAAAUCAUGAAGGAUUUUCGUGCUGGGAACAGUCGUGUGCUGAUAUCAACUGAUGUUUGGGCUCGAGGUCUUGAUGUACCACAAGUUUCAUUGGUUAUUAACUAUGAUCUUCCUAACAACCGUGAGUUGUAUAUUCACCGUAUUGGUCGUUCUGGCCGUUUCGGAAGAAAGGGUGUAGCUAUCAAUUUUGUGAAGCAUGACGAUGUACGUAUUCUUCGUGAUAUUGAGCAGUACUAUUCAACUCAGAUCGAUGAAAUGCCAAUGAACAUCGCCGAUAUGAUUUGA